AUCCGAGCGGGGCGACUAGCUUAAUCAUACCUACCGGUCGCAGCGACGAAGUCAAAUAUCUCUCGUUGAUAUCGGAUCAAACGAGAAUAAACACGACACGAUGAGCAGAUUGGUGGCGAUCUGCCUACUGGCAGCAUGUAUCGCCUCUCAUUGCGUGACCAUCGCACGCGAGAUCAGCAGGCCGUAUUACGACGAUCUGCAGGUAGCCGCCACUCAUCAUCAUGAGAGCGGCCACGAUGAAGAGCAUCAUUCCGAUCACCAUCAUGAACACGGCGGGAAAGGUGACAAAGGCUAUAAGUCGCAUCACCAUCAUGAAAAAGGAGAGAAGGGACAUCACGAUAAAGAGGGCCAUCACGGACACUAUCACGAGGACGAAGGCCAUAAGAAGCACCAUCAUCAUGACGAUGGCUAUUACGGCGAACAUCACAAGGGCGAGAAGGGAGAGAAGGGUCACAAAUUCCACGAGAAAGGGCAUUACGGCAAAGGCCACCACACGAAGGGACAUCACGAGGUUCACAAACUCGACGAGUUUAAGAAGGAUAAGGAAUUCUUCGACGAACAUCACGAUCAUGGUCACCAUGAGGAACACGGUGGCCAUCAUCAUGAGCACGGGCACAAGAAAGGUGGCCACUUUAAGAAAGGACAUCAUGACCAUCAUCAUCACGAGGAUCACUAUGGCAAGAAGGGACAUCACGAGAAAGGACAUCAUCAUCAUGAUCAUAAGGGUCACAAAGGCCAUGACGGACACGACGAGCAUCAUCAUCAUCAUCAUCAUCAUGGCAAGAAGGGUGGCCAUGAAGAUCAUAAACAUUGGGGAUUCAAAAAGGGACAUUAAUAUGGAUAUGCGGAGAAUAAUGAUUUGCGCUGCUAUUACUCGUUGAGCUGCGUUGAUUGAUUAUCACGCUGCAUUAAUUGUUGUACGUGUCGACGAACAGAAUAAAUCUUUUUCA